GGGGAGGCUAGAGCUUCUUGUCCACUUCCAUGAGGUGGCAGCCAGAGCUUAGAGGUGCCCACCCCAAGGUACCUUAAUGUCGACUGCCCGCCGUCGUGGUGUCUUUUCUGGUCUUCUACUCCUCUUCCUACGCUCCCGAAGUUCUUUCCCUUUUCCCCUUCCUUUCCGCCCUCUCGCUCUCUCUCUCUCUCUCUCUCUCUCCUCUUCGGCCUGCCUGCCCAUCUUUCGUCGUGCUUGCCAACGUCUUUCUCUUGUCUCGUCUGUUCAAUUGCAUCUCAAGGCCAUUUCGCCUGUAAUAAUCUCACACUCUCAUUUAUCGUCUCUCGUGACGUCUUUUCUUUGCCUUUUCUAUUGUUCUUCUUCAUUGCCACAAUCUUUUAUCACUAUAGUACAUUAUCUUACCCAUCCCCUCGAAUCCAGUCAAUCACUCACUCGUUUCGCCAAAUUUGAGUCGCCGCGGCUACUCCACACGCAACAACGUAAACCAUCGACAGAGAAUUCCAAUCAGCCCACGCGCCAUCCAUCGACGACACUCUCUCAAUCAACACACACAAACACACAUUCACACACCUACUAGGUACUUUAAUGAAGAAAAGCGGCCUUCUCAGG